AUGGGCAUCUCGAGGACGACAACAUCGGCCUCUGCAUCCUUGCGUUCGUUUGUGCCCGCCCGUCCCUUGGGAGCUUCAAGAGUCCAACAACGCCUUGUGAGGUCUGCUGGUCUCCUCCUCUCCACCGAUCAAGCGAGAACACGACAGACAGACAGGCUAACGAACAAACAGGAGAUGGGCGCGUCCUCUUCCGCCGACCACGGAGGGCAGGAAGAGGAGGAAAACUUAGCCGCCACCACUGGCUUCCUCCCCUCCCUUCGAAAUGCCUUCUCCAGCCUCUCGCCGCCCUCCUCCUCUUCCGUCCCCCUCGCUUCCUUCCAGGAUCUUGAGUGGGUGAUUGACAUAGGUGAACCAGAGAAUUACCAGAAAGCAGUUGAAAGUACUGGCGGUGGCUUGAUCUUCCUACUAAUAUCCGGCAUGUGUAUCUAUGUGAUUCUUCAAAGAAGAAAAUUCAUCAAGAUUAAGGAAAGAUAUUUUAGAGAACAUGGAGGUUGGAUAUUAUUGGAAGAGAUCAAGGCUAAAGAAAGAUAUUUUAGAGAACAAGGACUUGCAUUUAAGAUAUUUGUCGAAGAAGAAUUAGAAAAAGCUACGGAGAAGUAUGAUAAGAAUCGAGUCCUUGGCAGAGGAGGACAUGGUACCGUUUACAAAGGAGACUCGGAAGACAGUCGUGUCGUUGCCAUCAAGAAACCCAAGAUCAUUGAUGAGAGCCAAAAGAAUGAAUUUGGAAAAGAGCUGCUUAUUCUGUCGCAGAUCAACCACAAGAACAUAGUUAAGCUCUUGGGUUGUUGCUUGGAAGUGGAGGUUCCCAUGCUGGUUUAUGAGUUUGUGUCGAACGGGACCUUGUUCCAGCUGAUUCACGACAACAACAGGGCAUCUCCCUUUUCCUUGGCCACUCGCUUGAGGAUCGCUCAUGAGUCUGCCGAAGCUCUGGCCUACUUGCAUUCAUCAGCUUCGCCUCCCAUCAUUCAUGGCGACGUGAAGUCUUCCAACAUCCUUUUAGAUGAAAACUAUACAGCAAAAGUUUCUGAUUUUGGAGCUUCGAAGCUGGUUCCAAAAGAUGAGGAUCAGUUUGCUACCUUGGUGCAAGGGACUUGUGGUUACUUGGACCCAGAGUACCUCCAAACCUGCCAGUUGACAGAGAAAAGUGAUGUUUAUAGCUUCAGCAUAGUGCUUCUGGAGCUGAUGACUCGCAAGAAGCCAGUUUGUUUUGAAGCAUCUGAAGAUGAGAGGAGCCUCGCAUCAUGUUUUAUUAUGGCGACGAAGGAGAACCGACUUAUGGAGAUCUUGGAUGAUCAGGUGAGAAAUGAAGGGGAUACGGAAUUGAUUCAAGAAAUGAGCGAGCUCGCAAAGCAAUGCUUGAAGUUCUUGGGAGAAGAAAGGCCAACGAUGAAGCAAGUGACGGAAGAGCUUGACAGGUUGAGAAAACUCAAGCAGCACCCGUGGGUGCCGCAGAAUACUGAGGAGAGUGAGAGCUUGCUCAGUCAACCAUUGGUUGACCAUGAGACAUAUUGUCAUGGAAUUGAAACCACUACUAGCUAUAAUCCAGAGAAAAGAUUGGCAUUGGACAUCGAACAUGGAAGAUGA